AUGGUCAAUGUUGCUGGCAGAAGCAGAGGAUGUGCCAACUGUCGACGUCGAAAGGUGAAGUGCGAUGAAACGUUUCCGCAAUGUGAGAAAUGCACAAGCAGAGGCCUUCAGUGCCCUGGCCCCCGAACAGGAGCAUUCUUCGUGCACGUUCAGUCGGGAGAGGCAUCGUCGCAAGAAACCUUGACCUCAACACCAGCAGACACUCGCACGAAUUCCCCGGUCCCCGGGUCCAUCCAGACGAGAAACGCUUUCGUGCACAUGCCACACAUGUCUGACAUGAGGUCCUGCAGAGCAACAGCAUUUGACCAACUGUUUGUGUCCCAUUUUGUGGAAUCGUUCGGCCAACUGAAUGGAGUCCGAUUCCCGGUGUCAGUCAAUGCCAACUGGUUAGCAUGGCUACCGCAAUACAUCACAUCACCUGGCAAUGCGCUUACCAAGACGUCCAUUCGGUCAGCUUCCAUGCUAAGCUACGGGACAUGGACUCGUGAUAAGUCGAUACAGACGGAGGCAUACAAGUGGUACGCGAGAGCGUUGAUGGGCUUGCAGGGCGCACUGUCUCAGCCGACACUUACAGCUACCGAAUCCAACGUGUGCUCAGCCGUGAUGCUGAUCCACUUUGAGACCUGGGCUGGAACUGUUGAAGGUGCUUGGAUUAAUCACAUCAACGGCGCGUCAACUCUGUUAGAAGCGGCGGGACCGCAGACUUGCCGAGAAGGAUUCAUGCAUAGAAUAUUUUGCCAUUUACGGUUCCAGUCGUUUAUCGCCACCAUGUACGAAAGCAAGCUGCCUGGUUUUGCGUCUCCCGAAUGGACAUCCAUACCCUUUGAGAUUCACCCCGCCAACAUAUUUGACCAAAUCGUUACGAUUCUGUUUGACGUCCAGUCGAGUUCAGCGAUCGCUAAUAACUUUAUACACGCAAAUGACCAUGCCAACAGGAUUCAACUGGAAUCAGCGCUGAGAACCUCAGUGAGAAACACGAGGCAAAAGCUCAUCAAUUGGGAACAGCAAUUGAUGCCACCUCCAAGCGCUGAAGACGCUGGAGACAACUCCGCGGAUACAUCGUCCACCUCAUCAUCGGCCUCAUCACCAGCUCAACCACCGCCCCGUAACGACGCUCCUCCGUCUUUUCCGUUUUCCAGCAUGCCCGAAGCGGCGCUGCUGUCGCUCUACCACUCCGCAUAUAUCAUUGUGUACCGUCUCCUUGCGUUGACGGGCGAUGGCGGAGCAGGUGAUGCUGAUCGUCUGCUUAUGCACACCCAAGAAAUCCUGCGAGCAUACAAGUUUGUCAGGAAAGUUACCGACAAGGGGCCUACCAGUAAUUUGGGUCCUGUCAUGAUGGUACCGCAACUGAAGAUCGCGUCAUUAUGGGGGUCUGAAGAAAGCGAUAGAGUGAUGGCUACGGGGUUUCUAAAAAGGAUCGGCCAGCGUCAGAGUUUCGCUCUCGGGAGUAUUUGGGACUUGCCAGAUGGGUAUUUUGCGAAUGUGGCAUGUCAUGUGCUGGCUUUGGAUGCUAGGCGUUAG